CUUCCUCCAUCAUUCACCCAACUGCAGCUUGAGUUCCAAAAGCUCCACCCACCACCGCUCAGCACCACCGAUGCCUGAACUGGAAGGAGUUACCAUGGCGAUGGCGAUCGAUAAAAACACAGCAGAUGAAGAAGAAGGGGUGGCCGACACAAUGACCGGCAGCGCCACAGAGAUGGGGUGGAGUGAAGGCGUUGCCAUGGAGAUGGCCACAGGUAACGCCCAGGUGCUCACAGACGUCAUGACGAUCGCCGAUGGCACAGAAAUGGGCGGGGACGAAGGAGACGGCGUGUCGCUUUGCACCCCUGUUCCCGGAGAGCCCGGCGAAGCGGGCGCCAUGGCGAUAUCAACUUCUGCCGCACCGUCGCCGGUCCACGGCGCCACGGCGACGGCGAUGCUCGGUGCACAUGAGCCCUCCAUGCCCCCCGACGCCAUGUGCAGGGUCUGCGGACACCCCCACCCGCUGGACGAGAACCACGAGUACAACUACAGCGUGGAGGUGGACGACGAGCUGCAGUGUCUGAUCUGCCUGCAGCCUCUGAUCCGCCCCCUGGACACGCCCUGCGGACACACCUUCUGCCAGGAGUGUCUGACCAGCUUCCUGCUGGAGAGCGACUUCUGCCCGGUGGACCGCAAGCCACUCCUUCUCCAGAGCUGCCGCAAGUCCAGCCUGCUGGUACACAAGCUGCUGGACAAGCUGCCUGUGGCCUGUCCCUUCAGCCAGCUCUGCUGCGCCACCGUGCCCCGCGGGGAGCUACAGGUGCACCUCCACAGCAGGUGUAAAGGAGCCUCCCACUAUGGUCUGUCGACAGAGAGGAAGCGUCGAUCUCAGGAAGGAGGCUGCACUGACAGUAUGUCUGAGCUGGCUGUGGCCACCCUGCCCGCCGAUGGCCACACGUCCAGUGCCAUCGCCCUCCUAUCCGAUGAGCCCGGCCUGGUUAACCCUGCCUACGAAUCUAGCAUGGAGGACAGCAGUCAGUCAGGGAGCACCAGCAGCCUGGCUGCACACAGCAAGAAGAUGCGUAACUUUGACCGUUCGUCGGUACGGAGCCGUUCGUUCCGGCGUCUAAACCGAGCCUUUAGCGUGCUGCGGCGGACCAAGAGUGGCACAGCCGUGCUCAGUGAUGGCACAGAGGACAGAGAGUUCCGGAAUGCCAGCAUACCACAAGAGGUGUUCGCCCUUCCGCAGCUUCAUCACCUCAUCCCGGACGGUGAGAUCACCACUGUGAAGGUCACGCGCGCUGACCCGUAUGAGCCGCUGGCCAUCAGCAUCGUGGGCGGCAACGAGACACCGCUGGUACGUGUCCUCAUCCAGGACAUCUACAGGGAGGGGGUCAUCGCCCGCGAUGGGAGACUGCUGCCUGGAGACAUGAUCCUCAAGGUCAACGGCAUCGACGUCACCAACGUCCCCCACUGCUAUGCCCUGGCGGCCCUGAAGCAGCCGUGCGCCCUGCUCCGCCUGACGGUGCUGCGCGAGCAGCAUCCACGCUACCGCCCCCACCACGCCUCGCACCAGCCUCAGGCCUCCGGGCCAGGCGGGGGCGCUGUGGUGCACGACGACAGCCUGCACGUGGUGCUGGUGAAGGGUGCGCCAGAUGAGCAGCUGGGUAUCAAACUGGUGCGCCGUGCCAACCAGCACGGCGUUUACAUCUUCCACCUGCUGGAGGGUGGGCUGGCGGCGCGCGACGGCCGUCUCCGCGUCGACGACCGCGUGCUCGCCAUCAACGGUCACGACCUGCGAUACGGGGCUCCCGAGCAUGCCGCCCUGCUCAUCCAGGCAAGCGUGGAGAGGGUCCACUUCAUUGUGUCACGGCAGACACACAUUCCCACCCCAGAUAUCCUGCAGGAAGCGCCAUGGAACACGGAGGGACCUCCACCCUAUUCCCCUGUGGAUAUGGAACACACACUCUUGGACUGCCAUAAGCCAGCGUGCUAUGAAAAGACAGUGAGUCUGUCCAAGGAGCUGAGUGAGUCUCUGGGCAUGACAGUAGCAGGAGGUAUGAACAGCCGCGGCUGGAACCUGCCCAUCUACGUCACCAACAUCGACCCCAACGGCGUGGUGGCCCGGGAGGGCUCCAUCCGCAAAGGUGACAUCCUGUUGAACGUGAACGGCGUCGGCCUGACGGGCGUGACGCGGAGCGAGGCCGUGGCCAACCUGAAGAACACCACGUCCCCGGUGGUGCUGCGUGUGCUGGAGAUGAGGCCGCCUGACCUCGGUGCUCUGGACUGCCUGCCCCCGCUGAACCCGAACUAUCCUGCCUCACCCCCGUCGCCUAGCAACGGCAAAAUGCCGCCGCCCACAGACGACUACUCGCCCGUCUGGGUGUCCUGGCUUCAGCUGCCCAGGCAGCUGUACUGCUGCAAGGACAUCGUGUUGCGGAGGAGCACGUCUGGGAGUCUGGGCUUCAGCAUCGUGGGAGGUCCGGAGGAGGUCAGCUGUACCCAGUCUUUCUUCAUUCGCUCCAUCGUGGAGGGAACGCCCGCCUACAACGACGGCAGGAUACGGUGUGGGGACAUCUUGCUGGAGGUCAACGGUAAGAGCACGUGGGGGAUGACCCACACGGCUCUGGUGCGCCUUCUGAAGGAGCUCAGGGGGCGCAUCACUCUCACCAUCGUCUCCUGGCCGGGAAGUCUCCUAUAGGUCCACGGUACAAAGGGGGAGGGGCUUAUCACACUGGCCCUACACUGGACGGUGGGGCUUCACACAGUCCACGCCCACAAAGAAUGGGGCUUUGCACACAGACUUCCCUUGAUAGGCAGGUCCUGUAAAAUGGACCACCCCCUCAAAGGGGCGGGGCAAAGACGCAUUGGCCUCGCCCAGGCAGGAGGGGCUUACACAGACUCCUGCUCAUGAAGGCGGGGCUUAUGACUGACUCUUCAGAAGGGGACACGCCGGAACCGCCACGCUUACGGCGACGCGGCGUUGGAGAGGCCGGGGGCAGAGGGAGCGCCUGGCUGUUCUCCGGACCCCCACCUUUUUACCCGCCGCUCCACCCAUCGCGUAGUUUAGGCACAGGACGACGUAGAAAAGCAACUGCGCUCAUGACUGUGCUCUACCGUAGCAGUCGCCAAGGCGACAGGAUGACGACACAAAUGAGCUGCGAAAGGGAAUGUCCAGGAAGGAAGGUCAUCCCGAUGAGGAGUGUCUGACCUAACCCAGGAUCAGCUCCUAACUCCUGUAUGGGCACUGUGCACGACGGAGAGAGAGAGAGUGUGUGUGUGUGUGUGUGUGUGUGAGGGUGGGGUUUGGGGGGGUGCAUUUCCGAUUCAUUUCAAGGCCUGUUAGAACAUUUAAAGUGGGCACGUCUUUACUGUUAAUGUUGGUGUCUAAAAGAAAAAAGCGAACAACAAAAAAGGAUGAUUUCAAGCUAUGUUACUAUGGCAACACUUUAGUUCACGUUGGGUUCGUCUCUGUUCCUCUAACCUUUUGGCUAUGGGAUUGGCUUCUUUCCUUCCGACGGUGCCAGCUGUUGGCACGGAAACCUAUUUGCCAAGUAGUUUUCAUCUGUGUUGGUAUGUUUCAGACAUCACAAAAAAUAAAGAAAUAGGUGGUAUUAUUACAAAAAAGCAGAUGACUAAAAUAUCAUUCGUACUAUCUUUAAAAAGUCUAUUUAUGCUUAUUAAAACAAGAUUUUGGCAGCCUUUGCUACUUUAGAGACAGGGGCCACAGAAAGGGAGUGUAGGGGCGUCGCGUGUGCCACGUGUGCCACGUGUGCCACGUGUGCCCGACUCGGCCACGUGCUCCACGGUUUCUCGCUUUGGCUUGUGUAGAAUUAUGUACCUGGCGGCACAUUCGGUUAAAUAAUCAAUAAAAUCGUUCGACAAAGA